CUUGGCGGCGGGGUGGUUCCCGCUGUCCCCGGCUCCAGCUUGCGCGGUUGCCCCUCUUGUCGCAUUCCGAAUUCCUGAGACGACUUCCUGGCCUUCCCCAGAUUCACGACCGAACGUGUUGCGCCGCCUGACUUGACCAAGCGUUAACUGCAGUGAGUUGUCGCGCAGAGGAUUUUCAGAUCUUUGUUAUCUCACUAGUCCAAACAUCUCGUUCAGACAAGAAGAUAUUCCUCAGGAUUGUUUUGCAACCACACUCACUCACCCAUCACCUUCACCCUCAACCACCAAAUCAUCAUCACAAUGUCCGAACAAAAAGAAACAGUCCACAUCGGCACCCGCCGCUCGGCCCUCGCCCUCCGACAAGUCGACCUCGUCAUUGCCGCCCUCCAGCCUCACCACCCCAACGUCCACUUUCAAGUGCACGCCCUCGCCACCCUCGGCGACAAGAACCAAACGGCCUCUCUGCCCUCCCUCGGCAAGGGCCUCUGGACCAACGAGCUCGAAGCCAAGCUGUUCAACAAGGAAGUCGACUUUAUCGUGCACUGCCUCAAGGACAUGCCCACCACCCUGCCCGAGGGCGGUAAAAUCGGCGUGGUGACGGAGCGCGAGGAUCCGCGGGACGUGGUGGUGAUGAAGAAGAAGUGGGCCGAGCAAGGGAAGUACAAGUCUCUGGCUGACCUGCCCGAGGGCGCCAUCGUGGGUACUUCGUCGGUGCGCCGCGCGGCCCAGCUGCGCAGACGGUACCCCGGCUUGGUGUUCAAGGACGUACGCGGCAAUAUCGAGACGAGAAUGAGAAAGUGCGACGAGGAGGAUUAUGACUGCAUCAUCCUGGCCGCGGCGGGGUUGUUGAGGAUGGGCUACGACGAGCGGAUUGCGCAGUGGUUGGAUUCGACGACGGAAGGGGGAGGCAUGUUGCAUGCGGUCGGACAGGGCGCGCUGGCCAUGGAGAUCAGGGAGGGCGAUGAGAAGACGCUGGAGAUCAUCAAGCCCUUGUGUCAUGAGAAGACCAUGGUGGCGACGUUUGCGGAGCGCGCCGUCAUGAGGACCUUGGAGGGCGGGUGCAGUGUGCCGAUUGGUGUUGAGACCAAGUGGGUGGGCGAGGAUCAGUUGCAGUUGAAGGUGACGGUGGUCAGCUUGGAUGGAAAGGAGAGUGUGGAUGGGCAGAGCGUCGAGGUAAUCAAGACGAUUGAGGAAGCCGAGGCCAUGGGUCAGAAGCUGGCGGAGGAUCUGGCUAAGAGGGGCGCGCAGAAGAUUCUGGACUUUGUCAACCAGGGUCGUGCCUCGGGGGGUGCACUCAAGAUUGGUGAUCUCUGAAUGUUUGUUCUCUGAUGGUGUUUUGUGUACGAUAGAGAAGGAUGAAAAGAUGGCGCGAGGUUUUUUUUGCGGGCGAACCAAAAGUUGAGAGGUAUGCGAGGCGCAACCGUGGGUUUCUACGAUCUGCUGAAUGUUUUCCAUGCAUGUACAUAAUCUUGGUAUGAUACUCUGAUGCGUUCCAUUGCAUGCAUGCUUAUCCCGAUUUAACUCCAAUUCGAUGUAUGCAUAAAACUAC